AGGUUCUAUCAUUAUUAGCUGCUUUAUAAUUACUGUCAACUUAACAAUACAAACAAAUUACACUUUAUUUUUAAAAUAAAUCUGACUCCGCUGUUAAUUGAAAACGUAGCCGUUUGUUUUAGCUACCACAAAGGACCCCUCCGUAAAUACAUCUACCCACGUCUUGUCCCCAAUUUCAAACUAAUUCCUCUUUUUAAAAAACAGUUGAUUGAAAAGUUAUAAACAAGCCAAGGCAUUUUCUGACAAUCAGUAGAGCUGCGUAAUACUUUCAGUUGUUUAGAAGCUGAAUGCUCAUUACUGGUAAUUGCAGUACGCUUGUCUUCAACUAGUCACGGACGGGCCAACAACAAAAACUACAAUCAUCAUCAUAUCAUUCAGUUCAUAUCUAUACCAUCGGGUAGAGGAAAAGAAACAAAACUAAAUCAACGUAAGACCAAAUCAACUUGGCCUAUUCGGACUUUGAGAGCAAACAAAAAUAAACCAAACUGACUUGCUUUGAGCGGAGUCACAGCGCUUGUCUAGCAUAGCGGCGAUUUGAAUCCGAACCCGAGCUAAUCGCAAAAAUAACCUAAACACAAUCCAAUCAAGAAACGAAUCGCCUAAUCAACUAAACACCAAGCCAGCAUAUCAUCAUAACACACCUCUGUCCUCUAUGCUCUCAGAAUACAUUACGGUGACCAAGUAAAUAUAUAAAACCAGAAAUCAAGUCAAGUCACAAACUAGAACUGUACUGUAGUAAACUAUCUCUAGCUCGUUCGGCCAUCACUUUUCUUUCUCAGUUGACUGAACGCGUUUGCUGUGUUGGUGUUCACAUUUUACAACAGUGGUCGAUGACUUCUUCAGUCAGCCACUUGUUUCCAAUUGUUGAUUGAGAGGACAUGGCUAGCAGAGAACUUCCACUGAGCCCGAGCUUGUGGUCGAACGAAGACAGUCAACUCGCUACUUCAUUCGGAAUUGCAGACAAGGAAUUCUCGGAGAUACGAUACUAUACCGAAAAAGGGUUCAACGGUCCAUUCAACUUCUCUUCUUUCGUAAGACAAUCUCAGGAUUUGAACAAUAACAACCCAAUUUUCGUGUACAACAUGCAAAUGCAACACAACAAUGUCCAACAGUUGAAUCACGUAGUUGGUAUGCACUUAAAGACUAACGAGGUGAUAAAGCCAGAGGAUUACCAUUACUGGUACGAGGAAUACAGACGCUACGAGCAAAAACAUAGUCCCCCCUGCCAUCAAAGUCACCCCGGCGGAAUCAUGGAGUCCAAUUUCGAGUUCUCCCCGAGCGAACAAUCAGGUACACACUUUCAUAUGGCGAACACUGCCUACCAAGUUGUGAAUACAGCAGCUCCCCCAGCUCACAUGAUUUCAUCUCCACUUGAACACGUCAUGGAAGCAGCACAUGCUCUGGAAUCGCCGGUGUUGUGUGCCAGUGAUUCUGACAGCUCCCAUGCAUCUGUUCCAUGGUCAGUUCCCGCCAGGGGAAGACAGCCAAAGAAGGACAGACCCAAUAAAGGCACCAGAAAUUUGAACACGGCCAAAUUGUGGGAACUGCUUCUGUGGCUACUGUUGAACCAAAACAAGUACGGUCAUAUAAUCAAGUGGGAGAGCCAGGGGUCCGGUAUCUUCCACAUCAGUGACAGCGACCUUCUGGAACAAGUGUACAACAACUACAAACAGUUCACCAAAAAGGGCGCCAACAAACAGAUCAAACUUGGCAGCAUCACGCGUGCACUGCGCCACUAUUACGAGGACGGCGUGAUCAAACCCGUGAACAAAAAGUACAAGUACAUGUUCGGCCCUAACGCACAAGAGUGGCACCGAGGUGUGACACGACAAAACGCCGUGAAAAGUAUCGAGGAAUGGGAAAAAAGUCCCCUGGGAGCCAUGUUCUAAUGACAGAGAUCCGAAGCAUGAAAUCUCCUGUCACAACUGAAAAUACUGCUAGAAAAAUAGCCCCUAAUAAGACUACUAAUUGCGUGAAAAGGUCGAUAAAUGACCUGCUUGGCAACUAGCUUACCCACCAAAUUCACUACUAACCGCCUCUGCACUUCAAACUAACUAACUUAACACAGCUUAAACUUCUAUCUGCGAGGUCAGAAAUCUCUCUAAAAACAGAAAACUGUGUAAAAACACACAAAUAAUAUAAAAGUUGCCUGAUCCAAUAAUCCUUAGGAUUGUGCUUUAAACUGAUGGGAAAACCUAUUAAAUGAAUGAAAGUAAUAUGUGAUAUGUUUUUGUCAUCCAUAGCUGUAGCUGUAGUAUUGUGCAUGCUAGCUGAUUUUGAAAAAUUGAUUAAAAUAUUUGUAAAUAGCUUAACUGAUUGUUGUCAUCACUAUAACAACCAUGUAAAAUUAUGUUUUAUAUCAAGUUUUUUGAAUAUAUC